AUGAAGAUGAGAGAGAAAGGAGGAAAAUGGAGUAGAUCUAGGGUUUAUGAAGUUAUUCUGGAGAAAUAUCCAGAAGAAGGAGAGCCUAGGAACCAUUGUCGAGGUCAAUUGAAUGAAGAUCAUUCAAUUGUGGUAGUUGAGGAGUUGGAUGAUUUCUUAUGCAAUCAGAUGGGGGUGGGUAAUUUUUGGUGGGAAUGGAUGUCAAUUGCUUACGCUCCUUUCGUGUAUUUGAACCCGUACUCCAAAUUUUGGAAUGUAAAGGCAAGGAUAAUUAGAUUGUAUGAAAUUCAACAUGUCAAUAAUAACAAAAAAAAUUGGAAAAUGGUUCUUCUUGAUGCUACGGGAGAACCCAUUCAAGGUAUUAUAUUUACAAAGGAUGUUGACAAUUUUAUUGGCAAAUUUCAAGAAGGUUUAGUGUACUGUUUUAAAAGGGUACAAGUUAUUCAAGCUGACAAUUGGUUACGAAUAGUUCGUAAUCCGUAUCAACUCAACAUUACUACAGACACAGAAAUAUCCUUGAUUGAUACCGACAUUGAAGAUUUCCCCAAGUACUUCUACAAUUUGGUGUCUUUACACGGUGUGACCUCAUUCAAGCGCAUUGAAGGAAUUGUGAUAGAUGUUGUGGGACUAAUUAUAUAUGCAAGUGAGAUUCACCGGAAUGACAUUACGGGUACUAUUAAACAAGAUAUUAUCCUGCUUGAUCAAAGGUAUUGUAAUGAUUACUUUGCUCAAUCAAAAGCUAAGUGGAUACAAACAUGUGGACUUUCGUUACAUCGGACACUUUUGAUAUCAAAUGCCCGUCGUACUACAACAUUUAAGUUUCCAUCAAGGCCAAGAGGAAAGGUAUAUAGAGUUCUUGGGAUGUUGGUUGAUAUUAAUGUAAAAAGCCUCACAUGUUUAUCACUCAAGAUUACUAUCAGAGACUCAAGUGGAAUAUUGCAUUUGAUUUUGUUCAACCAACAAAUUGAAUUCCUUCUUCGGUCUACUGUGUCCCAAUUAAAGGACUUGCAUGAACAGGUAAAUGAGAAAGAGAUGAUGAUGUUGUUACAUACACAUUAUGAUACCUCAUAUGUUUUUACUCUUACAUCCCAAAGUUCUUUAUCGUCACACUACAAAGUUAUUUAUGUCACAUUUGUUAAUUGGGAGGAAGAAUGUGCAUAUUUACUUAAAAGGUGUUGCAAGGUAUUGCAAGGUAUGGAAAAUCAAAUGUCAUCUACAUCAUACUAUCGUAGGCUAUCACGAGAAAGGAUGACCCCUGAGCAACUUGAACAAGAAGCUAUUGCCCGAAAUGCUCAAAGGCGGGCUACUUACCAAUUAAGGAGAGAUGCUCGACAAAAUGACAAUCGUUCAGCUUUAAUUGAUAUUACUAAUCAAGAUGUCGCAAGUGGCACACUCACUUCUUCAAAUCAUUAUUUCAUUCAUUAUACAACAAUUCAUAUUGGUGAAAGUGUCAUAUCGCACAAUUUUACGUGUAAUGGACAACAAAAUAUCCAAGGUGGUAGCACAAUUUUUGGUGAUAGUGGCAUUCAAGGCAAUCCUAAUGUAAUGCAUAACAACAAUGUUCAAAGAAGAAAUAAGGGAAGAGUAUGUCAUCGUUCUGCAAUAAACUUUCAUGAGCAAAGAGGAGUCCCGAUCGUUCAACUAUCACCUCCGAGAACGUGUGAGUUUUGUCAAGCUCGCCUUUUUCAUAAUGAAACAUCCCAAAUAUGUUGUUUGUCUGGGAAGAUUACCUUGCCAACCUUACCUGUUCCCGAAGAUCUACGUUCUUUAUACAUUGAUCAAACACCUAUUGGAAUACAAUUUAAGAGUGACAUUAGAAAAAUUAAUCACUUAUUCGCUUUAACCUCCAUGGGAGUGCACUUAGAUGAGAGCUUAGCUAAUGCUCAACACGGAGUAUACACAUUUCGAGCUCAAGGGUCUAUAUAUCACAAGAUAGGCGGGCUGCUCCCAAGUACAUCAGAAUCUCGACCACGAUUCCUUCAGUUGUACAUAUAUGACACUGAGCAUGAGGUUGAAAAUUGUCUUGUGGAGAAUAACACAAUACGACAAGAUAUUGUAGAAAAAAUUAAAGCCAUCCUUGAUCGGUGCAAUCCUUUUGUUCAUAAUCUUCGAAGUUUGGCUCAACAAGGAAACAUACAAGAAUGUGCACUCCGUAUUAAUGAACAACCAUCAGAUCGACCACAAUAUUGUCUUCCUACUUCUUCUCAAGUUGCGGCUGUGAUUGUCGGAGGAGAAGAGGUUGCGAACUUAAAUCCAAGGGAUAUUUUAGUUCAAUCAACCUCUGGCCAAUUAAUGAAUGUGUUGGAUACUGCUGGAUACUAUGAUCCCCUUCAAUAUCCAUUACUAUUUCCAUAUGGUUCUUAUGGAUGGUCGAUAAACAGUCUUGAUAAUAAUGGAAGAACCAUACCUUGCCGAGCAUUCUACGCUUAUAUCAUUCAAGUACGACAAUAUGUCUCCAUCAUCUUAAUGGCAGGGCGCUUAUUUCAACAAUUCAUUGUUGACAUGUUUGUGAAAAUUGAGGCAAAUAAGCUAAGAUGGAUUCAAGAUAAUCAAGAUACAAUUAGAGCUGAAUUGUAUCAGGGACUUCAAGAUUGUUUAGAUGUCGGAGAACUCAAUCCAGCAAAUGCCGGGAAAACAACCGUUCUACCUUCUUCGUUUGUCGGGUGUCCAAGAGACAUGAAUCAAAGAUUUCAAGAUGCAAUGGCAUUAGUUACACAUUAUGGAAAACCAGACCUGUUUUUGACAAUGACAUGCAACCCAUCAUGGAGAAAAAUUGUAGAUGAGUUAUUGUCAGGUCAAACAGCACAAGAUCGUCCCGACUUAAUCACCAGAAUAUUCCAUGCAAAAUUUGAGGAAUUCAAGAUGGACGUUGUAGAAAAAGGCGCUCUAGGGAAGGUUAUUGCCUAUGUCUAUGUCAUUGAGUUUCAAAAAAGAGGCUUGCCACAUGUUCACAUGCUGCUCAUUUUGGACGAAAAAGACAAACCAAAAUCUCCGGAAGAGUAUGACACAUUUGUGAGAGCCGAGAUACCUGAUAGAGAUGAAGAACCACGAUUAUACGAUGUUGUUUUGAAGCAUAUGAUCCAUAAUCCGUGUGGCGAAGGUCGUCGAAAUUCUUCUUGCAUGGAAAAUGGGGUUUGUAAACGUAAAUUUCCUAAACCCUUUGCAGAAAGCACAGUCCAAGGCAAGAACUCAUAUCCUAUUAAUCGUCGUCGUGGUGAUCGUUCGCCAGUGCCUUUACAUGAGAAUAGUGCAACCUUCGUUGAUAAUGGUUGGGUUGUUCCAUAUAAUUCAUGGUUGCUACUAAAAUAUGAUUGUCAUAUCAAUGCAGAGAUCUGUAGUAGCAUCAAGAGUGUAAAAUAUUUGUACAAGUAUGUGCAUAAGGGUGUAGAUCGUGUUUCAAUGGAAGUUCGAACAGGGGCUGAACACAAUGAGAUUCAACAAUAUGUGGAUGCUAGGUGGGUAUGUGCACCUGAAGCAUUAUGGAGGAUAUAUCAGUUUCCCAUUACUCGAAUGUGUCCAUCUGUUGAUCGGUUACAGCUACAUUUGCAAGAUAGGAAAAUGGUUAGAUUCAGUACAAAUCAAUCUAUUGAAGACAUCCUUCAAAUGCCACAAAACUCUCGAACUAUGCUCACAGAGUUCUUCAAGAUGAAUUCCUUAGAUCCAGAGGCAAGAACAUACCUAUAUAGAGAAUUUCCUCAACGUUAUCGGUGGCUGACGGCUAUAAAAACAUGGAGAAAAAGGAGGAGUACACAAAGAGUGAUAGGUAGAAUCUACACAGACUCACCAAUGGAAGGAGAAAGAUUUUUCUUGCGUUUGUUGUUGGAUCAUGUUAAAGGCCCCGAAUCAUUUGAGCAUCUACGUACUGUCAAUGGGAUUGUUUAUUCUACUUUUAGAGAAGCAGCUGAAAAACUAGGUCUCAUGGAGAAUGAUGCAAGCAUUCGUGAUUGUUUGCGUGAAGCAUCAAACUCUAAGAUGCCAUCAUCAUUGAGAAGAUUGUUUGUCACGUUAUUGGUUUAUUGUCAACCAACUGGGGUUCGAUCUUUAUGGGAUGAAUUUUAUCAUUACAUGGCUGAAGACUACUUAUAUUCAACUUCAACAAAUCCAGAGCUGGUACGUGAUUCAGUUCUCUAUGAUAUAGAUCGCAUGUUAAAACAAUUAGGAAAGAGUGUCAAUGACUUCGACUUAACUAAAAUAAACAUGCGAUUGGAUGGAAAUGCACAAGUAGCUAGAGCCAUACAUGAUGAAUUAUCAGCACCAGUGCCCCCUGAAGACGUGCAUUGUGCGGAGCAUCUUAAUGACGACCAACGGUCUUCAUUUGAUAUCAUAAUGGAAGCUAUUGAUGCAGAGAAUGGUCGAAUUUUCUUUAUAGAUGGUCCAGGUGGGACAGGUAAGACUUAUCUAUAUCGAGCCAUACUUGCAACAGUCAAUCUUAGAGGGAAAUUUGGAUUACCAGUAGCCAGCUCAGGUAUUGCUGCCACACUAUUGCAUCGAGGAAAAACCGCUCAUAAAACUCUUGGUAUUCCGGUUACGCUGCAUGCUUCGUCAACUUGGAAGUUUAGUAAACAAGAUGUAGAGGCGCAAUUGGUCAAGUAUGCAGCUGUCAUUAUAUGGGAUGAAGCAACAAUGACUCAUCGACAUGCGUAUGAAGCAAUUGAUCAUAGUUUAAGAGAUCUAACAGGGGUUGAUGUUCCAUUUGGCGGCAAAGUCGUAGUGUUUGGUGGAGAUUUUAGGCAAAUUUUACCCGUUGUACCAAAAGGAACAAAGGCUCAAACUAUAGAUGCGUGUUUGGUCAGGUCAACACUAUGGAGACAUGUUCAGCGACUCCAUCUCACUCAAAAUAUGAGAUCGAUACAGGAUACUGAAUUUGCAGCCUUUCUUUUAAGAGUUGGAGAUGGAUGUGAGCCUACAGUUGAUGAAGACAUGAUAAAGUUACCAUCUUCAAUAUGUGCAGGAAAUGGUGAUAAUAUUUCAGUUGAUAAUCUUAUCCAUCAAAUAUUCCCAAACCUCACUAAGCACGUAGGUGAUGUGUCAUACAUGGUACAAAGAGCUAUAAUAACACCAACAAAUGACGAAGUUGACAUGCUUAUUGAGAAGAUACUUACAGAGUUUGUCGGAGAAGAAAAAACCUACUACUCAUGUGACACUGUUCCAGAAGAUCGUCAAAAUCUCUAUCAACAGGAGUUCUUGAAUUCAUUAUCCUUUGGUGGUUUGCCACCACAUAUUCUUAAGCUAAAAGUUGGCUCUCCAAUCAUGCUUUUGAGAAAUAUUGAUACAAGCAGUGGGUUGUGUAAUGGGACAAGGUUAAUAUGUAGUCGGUUAACGGAUCAUGUGAUUGAGGCAGAAAUUUUGACCGGAAGUCAUAAAGGGACACGAGUGUUCAUUCCACGUAUUCCUUUAAAAACGGCAUAA